UAAAAAAAAUAAUAAUGAUCAAAUAAUUAGCAUAGAAGGUGAUGCAAUUAUAGCUUUAACGUUUUUAUGAAUUUAAUCGAUUUGCAGAUAAAUUAUAAAAGAAACAAUAAGACACUUAGAGACAGGAGUUUAAGAAGGAAUUAGAAUUUCUUGCUAGCAAAGUAAAUUCACAAAUGCACAUAGCCACAAUUUACAUUAAUAGAUUUUAGAUAAAGAGCAUUGGAUGGAUUGCAUAAAUUAAAAAAGGGAUUCAAGUAUCAAAUAUCUUCAGGAAAUGAGGAGACAGAAUAGCAAUUGACAUUAUAAAAAUAAGUAUUAAAUGCGAUGUUUGAUGAAGAAUUAUUGAAUCCAGAGGAUUUAUCUGGUGAUGUAUGUGUAAUGUAAUAAAAAAAAGUAAAAAAAAGAGAUAGCAAUGGUUGCUUAAGUAGAAGUACAAUAAGUGAAUUUUGUAUUGAGUCAAUUUAGUCAGAUGAAGAAUAUGCAUUCAUGGGUGAGAGAUAUGAAAGAGAGAGGAGAACCAAUGCCUGAUAAUUAGGAUGAUAUGAUGUACAGAUAUAAGAGAGAUAAGCCAAUAAAGAAGUCUUUUAUAAAAUUUGAUAUGAAGAGAUAAAAUUUUUCAAUGAAAUAGAGAUUAUAAAAGUUGAAAUGGGGUCCUCGUAAAGAGGUUUGAUAUAAUAGAUAUGUGUAC